UCGACACCUUGGGGUAGAAAGGUGGUAUAAACCAUUUUACCCAAAAUGAGUUAUGUAUGCAGUCUUAUUUAGAAUUUUUCGCUCUACCGAUUGAUCUAUAUAACACUUUCAAAUUCGCAAAUAAAUGGUUUUUACGGCCCAUGUGACUUCAACGUCUAAACAAAGUUUUUAUUGGAAUUUAUGAUGUAAGAACCAAAAAAAAUAUUAUUGCUAUGACCACUUGGAGUAAUACCAUAUUUUUUUACAAGUUCAGGUUGUAAAAGACAGUAGAUUCGAGUCAAGUACGGUGUACUACCAAAGUAAUGAAUUGCGCUUGGUUGUAAAAACCAAAGUUCAGUUUGACUUCGAUUUACAGCCUUUUAACUCUAUACGUUUAGUACAAUUUAGUUUUUACACCCUGAGCUCAAGUACAUCAACUGACCGUAAAGUAUUUACACCCAUCCGGAACACAUUCGUGAAGAGCAAAUUGGCUUUAAUAUCUCUAAGCAAUUUUUGACAAAUAAAUUGAAAAGUACUUACUCCGUUCGAAAAAAUACGUUUGAAGCCAAACGCCGCGCCGAGAGCUGCCGAUUAAAGUAGAAAUACCUACAUCGUCGGCGACUCGUCAUACUAAUUUUAGAUAUUAUGAUUGCUUAAAAAUAAGGUUCAUUUUACAAUAGUCACGUGUCUCCCUUUCUAGUUCUUAUGAACUUCAUAGAUUAGAGUAAGAUAGAUAGUAGUCAAAGAAUUUCGUUUUGAUUAUUGUUUUCUCAAGAGUCCGGCUGGCGUGGUUCAAUUGUAAACGGAUAGCCGUACAAUUGACAUCGUAUUAAGAAUUUGUUAUACUUCUUUGAUAAAAAGCAAGGUGAUGGUGUAAUUUAUCGAAUGUUGCGAUGGAAAACAAACUGAAUUCAUUACUUGAAAGACGGAGAGUACUUCAAUCAUUGUUAAAACUACGAAAUCGAGUGCCAGAAAGAUUGAAUCACGAACAACAAGGUGAGAUAGGCAGAUACAAAAGCAUUGAUAAAAAUAGCAAUGAUGUAAAUCAGAGCUCAGAUAUCAUAGAAGGAAGUGAUACAGAAAGCCCACCAAAAAGAAAAAAAGUACUAAAAGAAAAUAUUAUAAUACAUAGCAGCAGCAGCGAAAGUAACUUCAAUACUAGAAGUAUUGAAGUACCCCGAUCAAAUACAUCUUUCUUUGGAGAAAAUGCUGGUGUUCCGAACAGUCCAUUAAAAAGUACUGAUGCAAAGAAGCAAAGUAAAGUUGAGAUUAUUUCUAUCGACGUAAUAAAACACGGGAACAGUACUGAAACCACGACGUGUUUGGAGCCACUUGUAACACCAUACCAGUAUUUUUACGAGCCACCUGCUACUUCCGGCAACACUCAGCCCUCAGCUUCGUGCUCCCUGGGUCCUGAUGAAACUCCGUUCUUACCGACGAGCUACCCACCUGCUGUUUCUGGAGACGCUCAGCCUUCAGUUUCGUACUCCAUGCGUUCUGAUGAAACCACGUGCUUGACGACGACCUACCCACCUGCUGCUUACGGAGAUGCUCAGCCCUCAGCUUCGUGCUCCCUGGGUCCUGAUGAAACCCCGUGCUUAACGACGAGCUACCCACCUGCUGCUUACGGAGAUGCUCAGCCCUCAGCUUCGUGCUACCUGGGCCCUGAUGAUACCCCGUGCUUAACGACGAGCUACCCACCUGCUGCUACCGGAGAUGCUCAGCCCUCAGCUUCGUGCUCUAUGCGUUCUGAUGAAACCGCGUGCUUGACGACUACCUAUCAACCUGUUGCUUACGGAGAUACUCAGCCCUCAGCUUCGUGCUCCCUGGGUCCUGAUGAAACCCCGUGCUUAGCGACGAGCUACCUACCUGCUGCUACCGAAGAUGCUCAGCCCUCAGCUUCGUGCUCCAUGCGUUCUGAUGAAACCGCGUGCUUGACGACGAGCUACCCACCUGCUGCUUACGGAGAUGCUCAGCCCUCAGCUUCGUGCUACCUGGGCCCUGAUGAUACCCCGUGCUUAACGACGAGCUACCCACCUGCUGCUACCGGAGAUGCUCAGCCCUCAGCUUCGUGCUCCAUGCGUUCUGAUGAAACCGCGUGCUUGACGACUACCUAUCAACCUGUUGCUUACGGAGAUACUCAGCCCUCAGCUUCGUGCUCCCUGAGUCCUGAUGAAACCCCGUGCUUAGCGACGAGCUACCUACCUGCUGCUACCGAAGAUGCUCAGCCCUCAGCUUCGUGCUCCAUGCGUUCUGAUGAAACCGCGUGCUUGACGACGACCUAUGCUCACGGAGAUACUCAGCCCUCAGCUUCGUGCUCCCUGGGUCCUGAAGUAACUCCAUGCUUAAUGACGAGCUACCCACCCGCUGCUUCCGGAGACGCUCAACCCUCAGCUUCGUGCUCCCUGCGUCCUGAUGAAAAAGGAACUCCAGAAAUGAAGCAAAAUACAAAACGUAAAAGAUUAUCGUUUAAAAGGUCCUUAUACGUAGAGUUUUUGUCAGAAGAUGAAUUAAUGGAUUUUAGUGGAGGAAGUUCCGAUGAGUGGUCGUGUAAUGAAUCUGAAGCAAGCGAUAGUCCUGAGAAAAAAAAGAAAAAACUAAGUAAAAGGGCAAUCAAAGAAGAUAAUAUUGAUAGUGUAAAUAAACGUAAGAAGAAAAAACCUAUUAAUAAAAGAAAGCAACGGAAACAACUUAAAGAUGAAGGUAAAAGCUACGAAAAAAGAGAAGGAAACUUAGUACCAGAAAAAACUAUGGGACGAAAUCCUUGUGAGCCAAAUAAAUGUAAAAGGGGUUGUUAUGAUAUUUCCGAAGAAAAAAGAAAUUCCAUUUUCAAUUUCUACUGGAGCUUAGAUUUGCAGAGGAAAAAAGACUGGCUUGUCAAUUGUACUCGCUUAGUUCCGGUUUCACGCACAAGAACAUCUCAUGAAAGCAGGAGAAGUCUUACUUAUGAAUAUUUCAUCAACGACGGUGAAGAUCGUAAGAAGGUGUGUCAAAAGUUUUUACUUCAAACCCUCAAUGUAACUCAAAAAUUUUUACUGUACACUCUGUCGCAUUCUAAAGAAGGCAUGGCCCAAAAUGAGUUGAGGACACGCAAUGUUCCUGCCAAAUAUUCUUCCGAUGAUAAAGAAUACGUGAAGAUGUUCAUUGAAAAGCUACCUGCAGUGCCUUCACACUACACCCGGAAACGAUCAAGUAGGGUUUACCUUCCUCAGGAACUCAAAAACGUUACUAAUUUGUAUAGAAUUUACCAGAAACAGUGUGAAAGUAAUCAUAAGCAACCUGUUGGAGAAUCUGUUUUUAGAAUGAUAUUCAACAAUGAAUACAAUAUCAGUUUUCAUACGCCAAAGAAAGAUAAAUGUCUUUUGUGUACAAAAGCAGAGCGCAAUGAGAACAUGAAUGAAGCAGAAAAAAAGAAAUUAGAUACACAUUGUAAAGAAAAGAAAUCUAUGUACAGAAGAUUUUCAGCUCACCAAAAAUUCAGAAGUCUUAACAAUGACACACUGACCACAAGCUUUGAUCUGCAAAAGGUGCUAACCACACCUCAUGGAGAUAGUAUGCUACUAGGAUAUUCCAGAAAAUAUGCAGUAUUCAAUUUCACUUUGUACGAAAGUGGGACUCAAAAUGGAUAUUGCUAUGUUUGGGGAGAGUGUGAUGCGAAACGAGGCAGUCAAGAAAUUGCUACUUGUUUAUAUAAAUACUUUGAAGAAGUUGAUAAAAGAAAGGUGAAACAUUUGAUUCUUUACUGUGAUUCCUGCGUGGGACAAAACAAGAACAGGAUAGUCUUGUCUGUUAUUAAUCAGUUCCUGAAGCGAUCGAAAAGCUUAGAGACUAUUCAAAUAAAUUUUUUGCUACCAGGACAUACUUACAUGCCUGUGGAUUCCAUGCAUGCAACGAUUGAAAAAGAAAUUCAAAAGCUCACAGUAUGGAGCCCCUCGCAAUGGCUACCUUACAUUUCAGCUGCACGAAAACGUCCGCGACCCUACCAAGUCAAUAUUUUGGAACAUGAAGACUUCAUCAACUGGGAAGCUCUUGCAUUAAAAACAUUUACAAAAGAGACACAAAAAAAAAUUAAAUUCCAACAAAUCAGGAUUGCGACAUUUAAAAAAAGAAAUAAAAAUAAAGCAGAAAUUAAAUACUCGAUGUGCGAAGACGCACUCCAAGAAACAAUCAAUCUUUAUGAAGAAUCUACAAAAAGGAAAAAGGGAAAGGGGAAAGGGAGAGGGACAGGAAGAUUCAAAGGAAAGGGAAGAGGAAGAAUUCAUGAUAACGACGACGAUACAAAUAGCGAACAAAGUUCCAUCCAAGGAGAAGAGUUGGUAUUGCGAAAGUUGUAUGACCGUCGGCUGCCCAUUUCAACUGUAAAAUACAACGAUUUGAAACGUUUAUGUGAAAAUGGAACUAUACCAAAACCAUAUCAACACGAAUAUUUGAAUUUACCUCAUGAAUCUUUACAAGACUGCCUCCUAGAUACAGAUGAAGACGAUGAAGAUGACCAAGAUGAAAGUUAAUUUAAAUGUAAAGUACCGUCAAGUUUUAUAUAUUUGUAAUUAUAAGAAGAUAAUGUUCUGAGCAACUUUGUUGAUGAUUACUGACGUACGAAAAAUUGUGAAAUAGUUAUUCAAUUGUCUUAACGAAACACGAACGUAUUUUUACAGUUGUAAUUACUGUCACCGUAUUGUAUUGUCAUUAACAUUGUGUUUAUGUUUUCUGGAAUAAAAACAUGAUUAAACAAAAAAUGAUUUUUAUUUUAUACUUAGUUUUUAGUAGAUUCAUUUAAAAAAAUUGACUAAAUUUGAUUCAUCAACUGAUAAAAAAAAUUGGAAUAAGUUCACACAUAGGUACUAGUAGGUAAUGUGGGAUAUUUAGGUAAGUAUAGUGGUUUUUGCUACCAAUUUACAGUGAGGUAUGUAAUAUUACUAUAAAGUUAUUAUAGUUACACUCCCAACAUUUGAAAGGUAUUGAUUUUAUGACUUUCUUUUUUUAUGUUAGUGGUUUUUAAGCUCAAUAACAACAACUUACAUCUAGUUACGACUCAUUACAAUGCAACAACUCAAAUUAUCGUGGGGUGUAUUAAACAUGUUUCAAAAAAUAAUUGGUCGUAAAUCCACACUAACUUUUAAACUAAGAGACUGACAAUAAAAUAAGCCUGUCCAUUGCAAAGAGCAUAAAAAAUUAACAAAUUUGACUUAAUAGGGUCAAUAUACAUACAUGAACAAAAAAGUUAUUAGCCAAAAUGUUUUUAAAAUUUCGUUUUUUGCUCGUCCUGAAAAGUAGGCUUUUGGCUUUUACGACCUUUGUACCCCAAGGUAGCGAUGUAUAUGAGUAUCUUUAUUUCGCCAUAACUUCAAAAUACCUAAACUGAUUCGGAUGUAUGUGGUAUCGCUUGAAUCCUUAUAUCAUUCCAAGUGACACUGG